AUGGCUUGCGGUCGGCGUCGGCGGACAGAAGAUGGAAGUGCCGGGCUAGAUAUCGCGACUGGACCACGUCUUGAGAGUCCUCACUUCUUCAAGAUCAUUCUCUCUGACACCCUUCAAUCUGGGAAGCUCGGGAUUCCGAAAAAAUUCUUAGGAAGAUAUGGAAAGGAUCUCUCAAGCUUGGUGCUACUCAAGGUUCCGGGCAGUUUGACCUGGACUAUAGGAGUAGAAAAGCGAAACAAUGGCAUUGUUUGGUUGUGGAAAGGGUGGCGAGAAUUUAUGCAGCAUUACUCCAUUGGUCAUGGUCACCUCGUAGUUUUCAAAUAUGAAGGGAACUCCACUUUUCACGUGAUGAUAUUCGAUAAGAGUGCUUCGGAGAUCGAUUAUUCGUCGAGUGGCAUAUCGAACCUCGGGAGUGGAUUUAUCUCGCCAAAGAGAGAGUAUGUGGUAGAAGUUGAAGUUUCGGAGGAUUGCGCUCCUCGUCAAAAAAUGAGGGUCAAACCUCAUUCACCAUGUUCUCAGUCGAGUCCCUGCUCAUCACAAGAUCUCGAAGAUAGGGUCGGAGAGUCUAGAAGCAGAGCUAGCCAUUCUAAGCCAGUUUUUGGUGGUUCUACAAGUUUGUGGCCUCUCUCUAGUUUUGAAUUGGCUAGCAAAUUUGACUCAGAGUAUCCUUUUUUCAAGGUGGUGAUCCGGCCAUCUCACAUUAAACAUGAUAUAGAGAAUGUUCCUCGUAGUUUCAUCAUGCAGCACAUUCGACAAAUCAAGAAAAUUGCGACUCUCAGGCAUUCAGACAGAACAUGGCCGGUGAAGCUUAGUAGCUAUCCUAGUGGGGCGAUGUUCUCUUCUGGUUGGAUGGCAUUUGUGAGAGGAACUCGCUUGCAUGUAGGAAAUGUCUGCGUGUUCGAGCUAACUGAUAGAGAUGAUAUUGUGUUCAGAAUCUACAUUUUCAGCGGCGCAGGCAGGAACAAACGGUCUAAAUGCAGAGUGAACCAUUCUGAGCUGCAUGUUCCUCGUCGAUUCGCCGAGCAACAUUUUGAAGAAUUCGAGGGAAUGGUAACUCUUAGGUAUUCAGAUAGAUCGUGGCCGGUGAAGCUCUUAAGAUUAACGCACCAAACCCGAGUGUGCUUUUCUGCUGGUUGGGCUGCAUUUGCCAGAGAAACUCAUUUGCGUGUAGGAAAUGCCUGCGUGUUUGAGCUCAUUGAUAGGGAUGUUGUUGUGUUCAGAGUUUCCAUCUUCGAAAAUGGUGGUGAGGACGAGAUUCACAUUGAUUGA